UCUCUCUCUCUGUCUCUGUUCCCUUCCCCCUAUCCCUCCCUUCAAUCCUCUCCCUCAUUAUAUCAUCCUCUGCUCUCUCUUCUCCCUUCAAACUGUUACUUGGGUUAUUCAAGAACAUCAUCGUCAUCUCUCUCUCUCUCUCUCUCUCUCUAUACUUAUCUGGGCAAUAUCUUCUGCAAGGAGCAUCAUGAUGGGCAAAGAGAUUCUGCAGCGUAUGAAGAUUGGAUUGGUCGACUGUUUUUCAGGUAAAGGCUGGGCUUGGUUCUUCUACGCCCGACACAGGAAAAGGCAAAGGUAAAAUCUCAAAGCACAUAACACAUGGCUUUCACUUGGUCAAGGGAAAGUCGAACCAUGCAAUGGAAGACUAUGUCGUGUCUGAUUUCAAGCAAGUGAAUGGGAACGAGCUCGGCCUGUUUGCAAUAUUUGACGGCCACUUGGGUCAUGAUGUCGCAAACUAUUUGCAGACUCAUCUCUUCAGCAACAUUCUAAAGCAGCCUGACUUUUGGACUGACACAGAGAGUGCGAUAAAAAGAGCUUAUCAGAGCACCGACGAAGAAAUUUUGGAUAAAGCGAUGGUGUUGGGAAAAGGAGGAUCAACUGCGGUCACAGCAAUUCUGAUCAAUGGAGAGAAGCUCAUGGUGGCAAAUGUCGGAGAUUCUCGUGCAGUCAUAUGUAGGAAUGGUGGAGCUAAACAGCUAUCAGUUGAUCACGAGCCGAGCAAGGAGAAAAGACUUAUUGAGAGCCGAGGUGGAUUUGUGUCCAAUCUUCCUGGUGAUGUCCCUCGAGUCGAUGGACAGCUGGCGGUGGCGAGGGCAUUCGGUGAUAAGAGUUUGAAGAUCCACCUGAGUUCAGAACCCCAUGUUGCUGUAGAGAAGAUCGAUAACGAUGUUGAGUUCAUCAUUCUCGCCAGCGAUGGAAUAUGGAAGGUGAUCUCGAAUGAAGAAGCAGUGGACUUGAUCAAGAACACGAAGGAUGCUCAGUCCGCUGCAAAGACAUUAAUAGACCACGCUCAGAGUCGGAAGAGUAAGGACGACAUAUCAUGUGUUGUGGUCAGAUUUCAGUGAGAUGGACUGGAGGAAGACCAAGAAAAGAACCUGCGUUGAUGAUCUGCCUGUAAUGUAAUCUUCGGUUUCGCCAUUUCUGUUGUAGAUUCUUGUGAUUGUUUGCAUCAGACAACUAAUUGUUGUGUAGAAUAUAGUAACCAUGGGGUCCUGCAAUGUGCCAUCUGCUAUACGUCCUUUGACAGUCGAAUUUUGUCUUUGAUAAUAUAGUUUGUCAUCGACUGCCACUAGGUGCUUCUGCAGCAUCAAUGAAAAACCACCCGAACUCGACUGCUAGCUGCGCUUAACAGCAAGCGCAGGGGAUUCUUUUA